AAUUUUUGAGCAAAAAUGACGGUGAAAGAGUUUUUCGGUUGUACGUUCAUUGCGUACGGACCUGCGUUUGCCCUCUUCAUCUUCACAAUCGCGAGGGAGCCGCUCAGGAUCAUCAUACUCAUCGCGGGAUGUUUUUUCUGGCUGCUGUCCUUGCUGUUCUCCUCAGUCCUGUGGAACAUCGUCUGGCCGCUGAAGGACCAGCUGGCCUUUGGGGUCGUCUUUUCCGUCCUGUUCCAGGAGGUCUUCAGAUUCUUCAUCUACAAACUGCUCAGAAAAGCAGACGAGGGUCUGCAAACGUUCAGUGACGAGCCGCCAACAGCAACAGAUAAGCAUAUGAUCGCUUAUGUUGCUGGACUUGGUUUUGGCCUGAUGAGUGGAGCGUUUUCAUUGGUCAACGUCCUCGCCAUGGCAACAGGACCAGGGACAGUCGGUAUCCAUGGCGAUACACCAUACUUUUUCCUCACAUCUGCCCUGAUGACGUCAUGUUUCAUCCUGCUGCACACCUUCUGGAACGUGAUUUUCUUCUGGGGCUGCGACAAGAGAAACAUCCCUGCUGUGGGGUUUGUGGUCGGCUUCCACAUGCUCAUCUCAUGUCUGACGUUAAUCCGCCCACUCCAGCCUGCCACCAUCAUCCCUGCGUACUGCAUCCUCCUGGUUACCAUGGCGAUAGCGUACAAACUGGUGGGGGGGUCGGUAAACAACCUGACGGCAUUCCUGACCUGCAAGCGUGCAGGGUACGCCUCCAACUAGAAUAUACUCAGUCUGUGAAAUAUUCCAGGGGGGUUCCCUGUACCGUGGUUGUAUCCAGAACCAUGCUUUAUCCAGAACCAUGUUUAGGCAGGGUUAUGGAUAGUCCAGGCAUAUCCAGAACUUUCCUUUAUCCAGAAACAAGCUCCAACUGC